AUGAUCCUCGAGGAGAGGCCGGAUGGCCAGGGCGCCGGCGAGGACAGCGCCCAGCUGCAGGCGGCCGGCGGCGUCCGCAAGGUCUCUGACCCCAUGGCACAGACUCAGCACAGCUGGCUGCAGAGUCACAGGGCCCGGAUAAGUCAGCAGAUCAGCAAAGAGCUGCGGAUGCGGACAGGGGCUGAGAACCUCUACAGAGCCACCAGCAAUGACCGGGUCAGAGAGACAGUCGCCUUGGAGCUGAGCUACGUCAACUCCAACCUGCAGCUGCUGAAGGAGGAGCUGGAGGGGCUCAGCAGUGGCCCAGACACGCACCAGCCUUCUAGCGAAGGUGUCACUGUCCCCAUGAUACCCCUGGGCCUAAAGGAGACCACGGAAUUGGACUGGGCCACCCCGCUGAAGGAGCUGAUUUCAGGGCACUUUGGAGAGGACGGUGCCUCCUAUGAGGCGGAGAUCAGGGAGCUGGAGGACCUGCGGCAGGCCAUGCGGACCCCCAGCCGAGAUGAUGCGGGCCUGAAGCUGCUCGCAGCCUACUACAGCCAGCUCUGCUUCCUGGAGGGACGCUUUUUCAGCCCUGCCCGGAGCCUCGGGCUGAUCUUCCACUGGUACGACUCUCUCACGGGGGUCCCUGCACAGCAGAGGGCCCUGGCGUUUGAGAAGGGCAGCGUGCUGUUCAACAUCGGGGCCCUGCACACACAGAUCGGGGCACGCCAGGACCGCUCCUGUGCGGCGGGUGCCCGCCGGGCCGCUCAGGCCUUCCAGCUGGCUGCUGGGGCCUUCAGCCUCCUGAGGGAGAACUUCUCCCAGGCACCGAGCCCAGACAUGAGCACCACCUGCCUCUCCACGCUGGAGCGACUCAUGGCCACCCAGGCCCAGGAGUGUGUCUUUGAAGGCCUUUCACUGCCAGCCCUGGCCGUCCCCCACGACUGCCUGGCUCAGCUGCACCUGGCUCAGGAGGCGGCCCAGGUGGCAGCUGAGUACAGGCUUGUGCACCAGGCCAUGGCCCAGCCCCCUGUCCAGGACUACGUGCCUGCCUCCUGGACCACCCUGGUGCACGUCAAGGCUGAACAUUUCCACGCCCUGGCCCACUAUCACGCAGCCACAGCCCUCUGUGACGGCUCCUUGGCUGCUGAAGGAGAGCUCCCCGCGUAUGAGCAGGUCUUCCAGCCCCCAACCCCUGGCGAGCCCCACAGCCCGACGCUGCCCCAGCAACCCGAGGAGCGCAGAAAGCUUGCCAAGGCCCACCUGAAGCGCGCCAUUCUGGGCCAGGAGGAGGCGCUGAGGCUGCAUGCUUCAUGCCGUGUCCUGCGCAAGGUGGACCUGCUGCAGGCUGUGGUGGCCCAGGCACUGAGGCACUCGUUGGCCAAGUACUCGGAGCUCGAGCGCGAGGAUGACUUCUUUGAGGCCGCUGAGGCCCCAGACAUCCAGCCCAAGACCCACCAGAAGUCCGAGGUCAGGGUGCCCAGCCUGUCCUUCAUGAAGGUGGCCGACAUCUUUCACCGUCUGGGACCCCUGCCCGUGUUCUCAGCCAAGAAUCGGUGGCAACUGGUGGGGCCCAUCCACCUGACCCGGGGAGAGGGCGGCUUCGGCUUCACGCUUCGGGGAGACUCCCCCGUCCUUAUUGCUGCUGUGGUUCCUGGCGGGCAAGCUGCGGCAGCUGGCCUCCAGCAGGGUGACUACAUCGUGUCCGUGAACGGGCAGCCCUGCAAGUGGUGGAGGCACGCGGACGUCGUGGCGCAGCUGAGGGAGGCGGGCGCGGCGGGCGUGAGUCUGCAGGUGGCUUCACUGCUGCCCAGACAUGAGCCACGCAGCACAGGGGACCACCAGCCAGCUCUGCUGGGCCCAGGGAGGCUUCCGAGGAGCCAGAGAGCGUGCGGUUUCGAGAUGCCAGCACCCACCCGUGCCAGUCCCCAGCCCCUCCUUGUCUGGAGCCGCAGGGCCAAGCAGGGCAAGCCCGGGGGCCGCCCCCCACCCUGCACUGGUGGGGACUGUGGCACCUGUCCCUGA